AUGGUCGACACUCCCGAAUAUAUCGACUGGUCAGACCAAAGCAUAUCUUUCAGCAAGGCAGAUCACCCGAAGGCUGUUCCAAGGCCUGGCCACGCAGCCCUGGUCCUUGAAGCACAGAUCGGAGGGUACAAUAUGAGCAAGUCGACAUGCAUGCUAAGAGAGUCCGACACAGGUUUCCAUGGCAUCAUACCAACUCGACCCGCUUAUUCCCUUGGUAAAUUAUCAUUGGGCGUAGUUUUCGGCACACCUAGCAACUUCAGAAAGGAGAAAAUCGAGUUUGAAGUGGUUGACUGGGAAUCUCAGUACCAUGCCAUCCUCGGUAGACCUGCGUUUGCUAAAUUCAUGGCGGUAUCCCAUUACGCGUACCUGAAACUGAAGAUGCCAGGCAAUAAUGGGACAGCGAUAACCAUCCAUGGAAGCUUCUCCCGUUCAGACAGCUGCGACAGGGAUUUCCAAAAGAUCGCCUCGAAGUUCGGGGCUAGGGAAGAACUUAAUGCAGUCGAAGCCAUCAUAGACCACACGAAACCACCAGCCGAUAAUCGAAACGUAAGAUCCGAUGAGUUUGACAUCGUGAAGGAAGCAAAGAAGCAGCACGUGCAUCCCUCUGACCCGAAGAAGACAGUCAAUACUUCGGCGGACCUCACUGUCGCAUAG